GAUAUGAAUAUUGCAAGUGGAAUACCGAAGUUUAUUCCAUUAUCAAUGGUUGAAGAAGAAAACAGUCGAUAUGUUCGAGAUGAUACAAUGUUCAUCAAAGUGAUGGUUGACAUGAGUGAUACGGAUAAGACAUUAUUACCUUAUAUGUUUAGCCUAAAUCCUGGUCUUCCAAUACAUGUUCAACAAUUAUUGAUUAAACAAGAAACGAAACGAAGAACUCAACCGCAGUCACCCAAUGAUUAG